AUGCCAUCUCCUGCCCCAACUCAUGCCACUCUUUCCUCGCCUCCGCGCACAAGUCGAAACGUCCCUGCCGACGACAACAGCGAUAACAACCACGACGACUACAACCAACAGAUCAUCAAGACAUUUGGCUACAACCCCAACGACAUCAACAGCAUUAUUGACUUCGUCGACAAAAACAUUGAUCGCAACGAGAUUAUCGACUGGUACAGCGACCAGGAGAACUAUAGCAAGCUGCAGGUCGUAAGCCCGGCGCAUGGCCAUAAGAAAAUCGAUCUCCACAAUAAGUUGGUUGCUACUCUUGGACGCCUGGGUAUUAAGUGGGGUACAAGACAAAUCAAGGAUAAACUAUACCACAUCGAUAUGGCGUUUCGCAAAGCCGCGGGGCUUUGGCGAGUUGGACUGACAGGCAGAAACAACAAAUCAGCCAAGGCCGAGCAGCUUCUGGUCUGUCCGUACUUCGAUAAACUCAGCCGAGUCCUAUCCACGAGUGCUGCGGAGAACCCUCCUCCCUUUCGAGUAUCGGGCCGCCGAGGACAGGAUAUUAUCCAGGACGACGAUGUUCAUGUGGUCGGCGAGGACGACGAGGAGGUUAUUGAGAACCAUUUCGCCGUUGUUGAGGAUGAGUUGGAAGAAAACAUUGGUGGUCGUGCGUGA